ACAUGCUGUAUUAUGAGAACAUGGGAUCAGUUCUUUAUUGUUGGCUUUCGUCCUAGACCUAGGGAAAGCUUUGAAGAUAAGCUCAGCAAUGGGCUUUCGCGGUAUUUAUGAAGACGGUGCCUACACGAUGCUAAUUUACAAAAAGGCUGCAGGAAAGGUAAAUGAAUUGAUUUCACGUGGAAAUAUUCAGGUGGAAGACAUGACAGAAGAAAUAGUGAACAUCGAGGAGUGAACAGUGGUGACACCACUCGCAGUGUGAAGCAGCCGAGACGAGAGAGUCCGAUUAAGCCUCAAAAGCUGGCCGAGUUUUCCUCAAUAUAGAAACAAUGGCCCAAAUGGAAGAAGAACUCCAGAAGACAAACUCUCGCAAGGAGUCUCAAGAUGAAGCAGAUCUCCCUAACAAAAAGAAGAAGCACAAAGAAUACCAACCUCAUUUGCAAGAUGGUGCACAGCAAACAUUUGUAUUUAAAAACCUCCUAAAGAGUGAAGGAUCUGCUCAUACUAUUGAUGGCUUCACUUGUAGGGACUCUGCUUUUGCAAAGGAGGACGUCCAACAGGUGAGAUAUUUUUCAUAUAAGAAAAUAAAGGUAGAAACAUGUAGUCCCAUAGAGGAUGAUGGUAGCAAACACUCAGGUGAGGCCUUUAACACGUUUGAAGUAAUUCACAAAAUGAAGAAGAAGGUUUCUUGUAAACCUGCAACUAAAUUAAGUGAAGGUAACCAAAAACAGCAAUCUGUGCUUAUCAAAGAUGAAGGUUGUAAUCAUUUACCCACUGAAUUCAAAGAAGAGAUCAUUGAGAAAUUUGUAGAUGAAGCGGGAAGGCAUUUAGAUCAGCAAAUUUGUGUAGAUAAUAAAUUAGACCAAGUUUGUGCACCGGUCCAAAGGGUUAUGAAGAAAGAGCAAUCAACAGGAGAAUCUCAGAUUGGCCCAGCUGUCCACAAAAAGAAGAAACAACCUUGUAGGGAUUUGUCAUCACAUUUUAAAAUGGAUAACAGUCAUCCAAAACAACUUGCAUGUACUGAAUGUGGAAAAACAUUUCGCUUCAUGUCUGGAAUUAAAAGACAUCAACGAAUCCAUACAGGUGAGAAACCACACUGCUGUACUGAAUGUGGAAAAUGUUUCCGACAGAUAGGUUCACUUAAAUCACACCAGAGAGUUCACACUGGAGAGAAACCAUAUACUUGUGCUGAAUGUGGCAAGAGCUUUCGUGUAUCAUGGACGUUAAAGAAACAUCUGAGAAUUCACACCGGAGACACGAUUUUUAGUUGUAACGAAUGUGCAAAGGUCUUUGGGCGAUUGUCACAACUAAAAGCACAUCAGAGGAUUCACACUGGAGAUCGACCAUACAGUUGUGCUGAAUGUGGGAAGGACUUCCGGUUUUUAGCAACCUAUGCCAAACACCAAAGGAUUCAUACUGGGGAGAAGCCAUUCAGCUGUGAUGAAUGUGGCAAGAACUUUGCUCAGACAAGUGAACUUAAAUCACACCAAAGAUUUCACACUGGAGAAAAUCCAUAUAGCUGUAUGGUAUGUGGCAGGAGCUUCAGCCAGAUAAAUUCCCUUAAAUCACACAAGAACAUUCAUACUGAAGGGAAAACUUAUAACUGUGCAGAAUGUGGGAAAACAUUUAAGUAUAAAUCGGCACUUAAAGCACACCGGAUAGCUCACAUUGUAAGAUAUGGGGAAGUGCAAGAAGAGUCAAAUUCAUAAAUUAGUCUGCAUAGUGCAUAUGAAGGCAUUUGCAGCAUUCCAUGAUCAUUACAUGCCCUCACAAGGGUCCCAAAUGGUUUUGUUUGGAUCACUCAAGAUUGGCGGUGUGAACAGAGUUGUGUGAGUGAAUGUGCCUUGUGAUGGACUAGUCGUGAAAUGGUGCAUUUGAAGGAAAUCUCUUUAGGAUUAUCAUAUUUUGGGAAAGUAUACUACAAUUAAACUAUAAAACAAACAAUAAAUAGAUCUUUUAGGAAGACGUUUCACCAGGUCGACCAUGAUCAUUAGGAAUAUCUCACAUAUUACAUAUUCAACAAGCCUUUUAAAGAAGUGAAUUGGCAUUAAAGAGAGGCGCAAUAGUGACAUGAGUAUGGAUAAGAAUGUAGACUGUGUGUCACAAGAAAAUCAAAAGCAGUUCAAACUGAUCCAUAUUUUGUUAUUGACAAGUCCUAACAAAUGUCCAGGCUGUCUCUUUGUCUGUGACUAGCCGUUCCCCGCAGCUCCACCUGUGUAGUAGUGAAACAAGACAAACUUUAAAAAUCAAUAAACAAAAAGGUAUCACUAGCUAAACGGAGGUAAGGUACCCUCCGAAAUGCAGGGCUAGACCGACUCCCUACUCCUGAUGUCACGCUUCCCCCUUCCCUCAGCCCACAGCCUCAGUCUUGGAUUAGGGCAAAUAUAUCCAUCCUGCAAGUGAACUAUGAUUCUUAGUGUGAUGAGAAAAGUCGCAAAAUCAACUAGAAUGUUCAAG